UUUUCAGUGACAAGAGAUACGUCGCCAUCGCCUACAUAUUCCUCUUCCACAUUAUCACUGUGGAGCUUGUUUUUUAUUGAGGAAAUAGAACAAACAAACGCAUUUGGUUCAAAUAGAGGGAAUUUCGCGACGUCGUUCAUAUAACAUUUUACAAGUCUUCACACCAGGAACUAAGAUAGACCUUGCAGUAUUCCAAUCAUAUCUCCAAGGAUCAUUGUUCUGUUACCUUUGAAAAUAACCUUGCCAACACUGAAAAUGCCAACCCUCGAGAAUGAACCAUUCCAGCUGGGACCCCGAAAAAAAGAACGAACAGUUCCUCCAAGCCAGUAUGAGGGACAGUACCCUACAGCCGGAGAUUAUGCUGAGGCACUGCGGUCGUGGAUGAACCAAAUGUACCAGUGGCAGUGUGCAGCAGCAGCAUUUCCUUAUUUUCUUGCAUCUAUACAAAAACAGAAUGGAAUCGGGAGUUCAGGGCCCUCAGUCCCCCCCCCGACCCAGCCACAGCAACCAGCCCCAACCCCUACGGCACCGCCUGCUCCUGAGCAGAGAAAUGCCAACCAGCAGCAGCAACAGCAGCCUCAAGAACAGCAACAAAGAGGUGUAGAAUAUGUAAUCCCACCUUUAUGGAAGAGACUGAUUGCCGAGGCCAUUGACUUCCUCCUACUGUUUGUCAUUAAGUUAGCUGUCACAUUUGCUGCAGUGGAUGCCUUUGAUCUUCUGAGUGAUGUUGAAAAAUAUGAUUUUGAGAAUUUAGGAGCUGACAUCAUGGCUGAUUACAAAUUUGCUCUUGAAAUGACAUCAGAAAUUCUUGUACUUGAGUUAAUCCACCGUAUUGGCACUUGUGUGUUUGAGGCCCUUUGUUUACACCGUGGUUCAGGUGGGACAGGCGGAGCAACUCCAGGCAAGAAACUGAUAGGGCUCAAGGUCGUUCGAUGUGAGUGGGUUGUGCCCACGUUAGGUGAACAAGCUUUAGUUUUCCCUGCAUCAGAUUUAGGUUUAAGUCGUGCUGCCAUUCGUUCCGUGGUGAAGAAUUUCUCCUUGACCUUCCUCUUCCCAAUCUGCUUCACACUUUUCUCAUUCCAACACAAUCGCACAGUGUAUGAUAUCAUUGCAGGUUCUAUUGUUGUUGAGGAAAGGCCCAACCAAAGACGGAGAGUGAAUAACAAUGCUAACUAGAUUAAGGCAUUUAUAAAACUGUCCAUGUGGAAUUCUCAUCAGACUUCAUCAAAGAGCGAGAAAGACUAUUACAGUAUAAGAAAGACAUUAUAGAAGAGCAACUAGGUUCACAGUAGAAUACAAGGUAUGAAAACCAUUGCUAAUUUUGGAUAUUAUUUCAGGACAAGAAAGAAGAAAAGAUUGUUUCAAGAUGUAUAAAUAUUUCAGAAUGUGCUUAUUAUUUAUAGGUGCAUUAUUUUGUCAUAUAAAUGUUUCGGAAAGCAUUAAAGAGGAUUUUAGAUUUAAUUAUAUUCAGUUGCAUUAUUCAGAUCCUGAAUAAAUGAUAAGUGAAUACUUCAUAAAAUAGGUGCUGUGUUCUUAAAAGUUUGAGAGUUUGUAACAUAUAAUGGGAACUAAGGAAAGGUUUCAGUUACCACUGCAUUACAAAUAUAGAUUUUUUUGACAUGUAAAUGUGAUUUCAGGUACUAUAUAAUAUAUGAAAAAAGAAGGUAAUGAUGAUUUGAUUUGAGUUUUAGUUUUGAAUAUGUCUGUCGAAGUGCAUGUGCUAAAGGGAUGUCAUUUUAUUUUUUGAGAAUGUAUGUUUUACUUUGCAUUUGAUUAGCAGAGUAUUCCAAAAAUAUUUUUUGUGAAGAGAUCUGUUCUUUGCUUCAGUUAUUAAACAUUGAAUAUUCAUCAACAGUAAAAGGACAAGCACAGUUUAUAUUUACUCAAUUAUUUCUCAAGAGAAAUAGUAUUUUAAAAUUUAUCCCCCACCCCAAUUAUAAAUCAUUAUAAUAUAUGAAUGUAAAUCGAAGUGUAAUGGAUUCUGAAUUUUAUGUAACUGUGAUUAUUUUCAUGAUCAUAGAUUUCAUUGCUUCAUAUUCCUUAUCAAAAAUACUGAAUGAUAUUAACAUGAAAUAUUUUUGGAUAAUUGUAAAAAUAUGAGAUGUUCUACUGUUGUUAUGAUGUACAAGUAUGUAAAAAAAAAAAAAAAUAACUGACUUGUAUACUAUUCAUACUGAGUUCUAUUUUUAGCUUAUUCCUUCAGAUAUGAAUGUGGCUUAAGAGAUGCCUUUUAUGUUUUAUAUAUUUGGAAAUAAAAAUAUUGAUUCCUGGUAUAA